CUCUGAACCAACAACAACCACCUCCACCAAAAACAACAAAAACAACAAAAACCAAAAAACAACAACAACCAACACAAUGAGAACACUCACCACCAGGACAUUCACCACCAGCACAGCAACACACCAAGCACGACAGAAACUCAAGCCCACCACCACCAUCCAUCCACCCCCACGUCGCCCAGCAUUCGAGCACAACAACCCAUAUCUGCCCACCACCAACCUCGUCGGAGCAGGAACCCAGCCCAUCAAGCCAGACGAAGCCACCGCCUUCCCCAUCCUCAUCCCCCAUCCUGCGCUCGAUCCUGUCCUCACUAAGAAACUCGCAAAUGAUACCAACUCCCUCUCUCCCGAGGAAUCACUCAUUGUCAAACAAGUCAGAAUCGAUGGCCAAAAUCAGCUCAACAAGGUCGUGGAGGAGUGGGUCAGGAACGAACUCAAUGUGAUGGGGACGAUCCGAGAAGAGACGAUCCAGAUCUUUAUGAAGUUACUAUUACAUCCCUCGACCCUAGCGCCCUUAGCGGAGAAGAUGCAGCUGCGAACGGCGGGACGACGGGCGACGAUAAAAGCGUCCCUACAUGCGCCCAAAAGAGUCGUACCAGCGUCGAGUGUCGCGGACGAGGAGUUAACGCAACUGUUGCACUAUCUGAUCGGAAGCAUCCACCGUUCGUUAUCCACGCCCGAAGGAGCAAGCAAUAGUCGAUUGAAGCGCUACAUCAUCGAGCUGUUGACGACCGGAUUGACCCACACCUCCGCCCGCCAGCUGCUUCUCAGAGCCGCCCAACUCAGCGGCCAAUCGAUCAUUGGCAAUAAGACCGGCCAUGCUAAGGCCGAGCUCCGCGUCGCUCAGCUCCACAUUUGGGGCGCUCGCAGAGACAAGAAAAUCCGCAAACUCGUCCCCGAUCAGGUCCCUCAUCGUACCCCACAACGACUCAGGAAAGCUCAGUUGCUCAAACAGAGAUGGCUCCGCGAGGAGGCUCUCAUGGUCCACUGGAGGAAUCGUCUGUUGAAGGUCUCAGCUAUCCAAGAGAACGAAGCGACAAGCGAGAAACUCAGACGGGCUGAACAUGCCGAGAAAGUCAAGCAAUGGAACCAAGACCGUCGUCAACUCCAACUCCAACAAGAAGCACAAACGAAUUCUACGUCAAAUCACUCGAUCUUCUCCAAACUGUUCAACUUUUGGCCGUUCUCCUCUUCUUCUUCGACUGAACUCAACCCUUCCACUCCCAAAUCAUCCUCAUGAUCUUCCUUAAGCAACUCAUUCUUUGUUCCUUUUUUUAUUCAAAAACCAAAACCAAAGGGUUUUCCUUUUUCUUAAAAUCUUAGUGCUAGCAAAACAUGAACC